AUGCCGGAGGCCAUAGCCAUAUCCCUCUCCGCUAAACUCGCCGUGGCGCUGUCCCGCGGCGCCGCCGUCGGCCUCGCGCCCCUGUUGGGCAUCGGCUCUGAAAUCUCCGCUGCCGCGCGGGACCUCGAUCUCCUCCGCGCCUUCCUCCGGUUCGCCGACUCCUGCCACGGCACGGACGCCCUCGCCGCUGCGUGGGUCAAGCAGCGGCUGCGCAAGGCACGGGACAAGCUUUCCCGCCUGUCCGCCGCCAAGGAGCAGUUCGGGAUCCGCCCCGCCGACGGCCCCGCGCCUCCCGCCGUCUCCAUGACCAGGCAGAUUCUGGCGGCAAGUUCGCACUUCGUGGAGAAAGAGGAAGUCGUCGGCUUCUCCGCGCACGAGACGCAGCUGCUGGGGUGGUUGGUCGAGGACUCAGUCGGAGCCACGGCGGACCCUGGUUGCCGUGCUGGGGAUGGGCGGCGUCGGCAAGACCACCCUCGCCACGCGCGUGUUCAAACAAGUGGCAACAAGCCAGUUCGAUUGCGCCGCGUGGGUGGCCGUCUCUCAGGGCUUCACGAUGGACGAUCUCCUCAACAAGAUCCUAAAAGAGCUGCACCGCGACGCCGGCGCGCGCGGUCGCUCGUGGCGGCCGUGCGUGGCCAUCUGGGAAACAAGAGGUACCUUGUGGUGCUGGACGACGUCUGGGACUCCCACCUGUGGGACAAGCUCCGCCAUGCGUUCCUGGACGAUGAGACCGGGAGCCGGGUCGUCAUCACGACGCGCAGCGGAGACGUGGCCAAGGCCGCGGCAACUGAGAGGAUCAUGGUGCUGGAGUCUCUGCCGAGGCAUGAGGCCUGGACCUUGUUCUGCAACGUGGCAUUUAGAGAGGUGUCCGGCAGGACGUGCCCGAAGCACCUUACCGAGCUUGCAACCAAUAUGCUGGAGCGAUGCCGCGGCCUGUCUCUGGCGAUCGUCUCCGUAGGCAACCUCCUCGCACUCAAGGACAGGACAGAGUUCGCGUGGAGGAAUGUCCCGUUUACCCCCGAGGACUUGUGGAUCAAGCGCAAGAUACUCAUCAGGAAGUGGGUUGCGCAGGGCUUCGUCCAGGAUAAACCAGGCCAGUGUACAGCAGAGGAUGUCGCAGAUCACUACUUGGACCAGCUGGUCCAACGCAGCCUGAUGCAGCCCGUUGCCAGGAACGAGUUUGGCCGUGCCAAGCGGUGCCUCAUUCAUGACCUUAUCAGGGAGUUGAUUAUCCACAGGUCCAAAGAAGAGGAAGGCUUCUUUCAGUUUGCAAAGUGCAAGAAGAUAACAACGGACGAACACGACGUCAGAAUCCGACAUCUCGCAUUAGACAGAUGCGAAGAUGUGGACUCUCGGCAUGUUCAGCAGGUGCCCAUGCUUCGCUCCUUCAAUGCGUUUGGGCUCUUGACUGUGCUAAACCUCUGGUUCGUCAAGAUGAAUAAGUUACCCAGCUCAGUGACCAAUCUUCACAACCUGCGAUAUCUUGGUGUCCGAGACACUCUCAUUGAGGAGAUUCCAAAGGAUCUGGGAAAGUUGCAGAAUCUACAAAUUUUGGAUUCCAAGUUUUCCAUGUUCCAAAGGCUACCAAGCAGCAUAGCACAACUGAAGAACCUGCGCCACCUGAUAGUUUUAAAGCGUGAGACAAGUGAUUUCUUGAAGCCGUAUCCUGGCACGGCAGUUGGGGUUCCUGACGGGCUAGAAAACCUGGCCAGCCUGCAGACACUCAAGUAUGUCGAAGCUGAUAAGAAGAUGGUUCGAUCGUUAGCAAAGCUAGAGCAGAUGAGGAGCUUGGAGAUAUCUGUCAUUGAUGCAAGCUUUGCCGCUGACUUGUCAUCGUCAAUCUCUAGAAUGAGCUUCCUUCUGCGCUUGGGGGUCGCAAUUAAACCUGGAGUUGACGCAGUACUGGAUCUCGAAUCAAUUUCUCGACCACCAUUGAAGCUACAAAAACUGGCUCUCACUGGCAGGUUGGCAAGAGGGAAGCUGCCACCAUGGAUCUGCUCCCUCACUAGCCUCGUGCAGUUAAGGUUGUGUGGUUGCCAAAUUGCGCAAGACUCACUCGUGCUCCUCGCUGCCCUUCCUAGGCUGGUAAAUUUCAGCCUCAUCGGUGCAUACCAUGACAAAGACAUGAUCUUCAGCGAAGGUAGUUUUCCUAUACUGCGGAAACUCACUUUGGAGGGCUUGCCUAACCUUAGUCACAUAGCGUUUCAACAAGGAUGCCUUAUGGACCUACGUGAUCUGGCGCUUGGCCAUUGCACUGAACUGACUGAAACACCUCUAGGAAUGGAGAACCUCAAGCAUAUCCAAAACAUGGAAUUGUUUGGCAUGCCAUCAGAGUUUGUGGGUAAGCUGAAGGAACAGAAUAGUGAUGCUGAGUAUCACAAUCCGGCCAGUUCAGAUUUUUAUCAGGCGCCAAGGUUUUUGAGGCUUAUUAGAUUUGUAGAAAGAAAUAGGUGA